AAAACCUUGCCGCCAACCAGACGCCAACCUGGAAUGAGACCUUAACAAGCACACCUUCACCUCGACAUCUUCGUCUCAAACCCCAAGCAAACGGUUCCCGUUAUCCAACGACUUCAUCUCCCGACAGCUUAGCUCGUCUUCCGAUUACUCGACACACCUUCUGACUCCUGAACACGAUAUUGUUCGAUUGAUACCAGCUUCAUCCUCAGAUAAACAACCGUCAAGAUGGUUAGCGAACUUUGCCCCGUUUACUCGCCCUUCUUUGGUGCUAUGGGCUGCACCUGCGCCAUUGUCUUCACCUGCCUUGGCGCCUCGUACGGUACCGCCAAGUCGGGUGUCGGUAUCGCUGCCAUGGGUGUCCUCCGCCCCGACUUGAUCGUCAAGAACAUUGUUCCCGUCAUUAUGGCCGGUAUCAUUGGUAUCUACGGCCUCGUCGUUUCUGUCCUUAUCUCCGAUGGCUUGAAGCAGGACCUUCCUCUGUUCACUAGUUUCAUUCAAUUCGGUGCUGGUCUCUCCGUCGGACUUGCUGGUCUCGCUGCCGGUUUCGCCAUUGGUAUUGUUGGUGAUGCUGGUGUUCGAGGAACUGCCCAGCAGCCCCGUCUCUUCGUCGGCAUGAUUCUUAUUCUCAUUUUCGCUGAAGUCUUGGGUCUCUACGGUCUCAUCGUUGCCCUCCUCAUGAACUCCAAGGCCAACGUUGAUGCUGUAUGCUAAAUCAACAACGGAACAGGAGCCCUUCCUUGAUGACAGCCUGACAAGAUCGAACUCAAUCAUAAGAGCUGCUCAGGGUAUGGUCGACUGAAUGGACACUAAUAGCGCUUGCAACUUUCCUUGCUCCUUGUCCCGAACAUGGACGGUGCAGUAGAUGUUGUGAACGCUGGCGUUGGGUUGGCACGGUUUCAUACCUGCCCCUUUUUCGCGCAAUCAUGGAAUAAUGGACUUGAGCUACUGUUUUUGUUUUCUAUUAUGAGAGAAGAGGGGCUGGGAUGAAAUAGGAGGAUGGUUUCUGUAAAAUACUCUCAACAUGCGUGUUAUUCUCUGGGUGGCUUCUCAUCAUAGACGGUGAAGGGAACUCGAGUAUUAGUGUAUGCUAUUGCCAAUUGUUCUUUUUUUGUACCGAAACUUAACGUAUAUGUCCCUUUUAUACAUCGUCAGGUCAAUCGAAGUAGUUAGCUAGCAUCUUACAAUCACAUACUUCGCCGAUUAUGACGGGCAAUGUACAAGUACUGAGACAACUGGUACACGCCAAGCCGUUGCAAGUGCCCACGACGUCUGUUCCGA